UGAAAGUUUUGAAAUUUGAUCUUUAGUGAGUUUGGAAGUGGUCUGUUCAAAUCCAGUGAGAAUUUGCAGUAAAUUAUCCGUCUAAAGAUGAACGCCUUGCCACAGGGGGAAGGAUGGGGGAGGAAUAUCUGGUUGCCAAUGACAACUACAUUACCUUGAAAAUUCGAAAAUCGACAAUGCAGAGCACAGUUUAAUAAUAACAGUUUCGAUUAUUUCAGCUGGGCCAAUUGUAAAUGAAAAUAUUUAUUCUACAUGUUAAAAGCAGGUAAUUGUGGUUCACUUAUAGCUUACUGAGUCACACACCACCAGUGCGUUAUAAGCUACGAAUUUUUCUCUAAUGGGUUAUCUCUGAGUGUUAGACAUUUUUUUAGAGAUUGGCCAUCAAAGAGCUGCUCAGCUUAUCUUUAAUAUUCCUAUUGCAGUCGAAUAUGAAGUGUUCGCUAUCAAUUGGAACUUUGUCGCAAAUUUAGAAAAAAAACAAUAUUUUCCACACUGAGAAUUUAUUGCUUUUCUUACGUGUAAAUUUGGAAAGCAGCUGUUUCAACUUAAUUUUUAAAAUUUUAAUUCGAGUAGACAGGUCUUCCGCUACCAAGAAAAACAAGGAGCUAUUUUCCCUGCCCAAUCUAGGAAUGUUAACCAAGGACAGCAGAAUGAUGACCCUCUAAGAUGGUUCUCACCAUCUGCAUCAAAAGGUGUCAAUCCUGCAGACUGAGGCUGGCACAUGAUAACACCUAUUUCUAAUUUGAUCUCCUUACUCGGCUCAAGGAAGAAGUUUAUUUCGCGCAAUAGCAUUUUCCCCAAGACCAUGCAAAACCCGCCUCCACCGCCGGAAAACGAGAAAGGUCUACCGACUGAGAUGAAAGCCUUGGUUGUUGCGGUAUACGUUAUUAUCACAAUUGUCACAAUCUGUGGCAAUACGAUGGUGAUUAGGGCGUUUCAUAAAUUUUCAAGUUUGCGAAAUGCUUCUAAUAUUAUAUUGGUGAGUUUGUCAGUGGCUGGCAUUUCAAUGUUAGUGCCCUUCAUAUUACACAUUGCUACCUUUUUAGUCGGUAAGAAAGUACUACCCCACCAACUGUGCGUUCCGGCAUCGAUAAUCAACCUUACUCUUAUCGGCAUCGUCAUUCUACACUUGACUUUAAUCAGCGUUGAACGUUUCAUCGCUGUUAAGUUCGCUAUGACAUAUCACACAAUUGUUACUAACCGCCGAACAAUAAUUGCUUCCACGCUGGCUUGGCUUUGGGGAAUUUGUGCUUUAAAUGUACUUCCCGAGGCAUUUAGGGCGGCUGGUAAAGGAGCGUUUAAAGAUUACCACAAAGGCUUGACAUCGUGCUUCCAUCACCCUCACGCGCGCACCGAGCACUUUGUUACGCCGUACCUGUUUUUUCUGAUGGUAACAAUGUUAGUCGUACCCAUCGUGAUUAUCAUUGCAUCAUACGGUUACGUAGUCAGAAUCGCCAGCAAACAGCGACAACAAAUCAAUGACAUGAACCAUAGAAACCUGGCGACGAGAAUACACGAGAUGAAAGCUGCUUAUACAGUGGCCAUCGUUGUGGGGACAUGUCUCGUCAGUUUCAUUCCGUUGGUAGUUGUCCUGUACCUCAACUUCCUAACAUCAACAUCGAUUGGACCGAAACAAAUGUACCCAGUGUAUGCAGUAGCCAGUUUAAAUGCAUGUUGGAAUCCCAUGAUCUACUGCUGGAGAAAUCAGAACUUCAGAAAUAGUUUCAAAAGGCUUUUAAAGUGCAAACCGGAAGAAUGAGAAGAAAUUAGACUGGAGAUAAAACAAAACAACUGAACAUUUCAAAUACUCUCCGUUAGCCUUUACCAGGCUCUCGUCUAGUAAGAGGUACGAAAAAGACAACGUGUAUUUAUAAAUACAAAUAAAAUCGCCUUUGGUCGCUCCCACGCUCUCAA